AGAAAACGAUUAUUUGGGACCGGACUAUUCAGCGAGCAUAACUGUAGAAAUCAUAUUGACAAAUCAUCGGUUACUAUGGCUACUGAAAAUUCGCUUCCUAGUAACAGCUUAAUGACAAAUCUUCCUGUAAUCUUUUAACAUUUUAACAUUUUGUUAACUUUUUGUUAGAUGUUUGUUACUUUUUUUUGUAAAUGAUAUAUAUUCUUUAAACCAUAUUUUCACAAUUUUUUUUUUAAUUUAAUUUCUAAUGACAAAAUUAAAUCAAAAACGUAAUAAUUAAUAAUGGAAGUAAGAGCCGGACCUAGCAUAACUUCAUCUGAUCCCGAAGAAAGGAAAUUGGCAAGAAGAUUGAGAAUAGAGAGAAGAGAAAAAGCUAUAGCUUGGGCAAAGCUGGGUAAAAACGAUGAAGAAGAGGAGGUGGUAAUCGCAAAGACUCCAGUAGAAUUACAGGUUGAAAAAAGCAAUAAAACUUUAAACUACUUAUUAAAAGAAGGAGACGCCUAUGUGAGAAACAUUCGUAGAGCUGCCGAUAUAAGACUACAAGAACGAAAUAAAAUUAAUGAUGUAACAAAACAGAGAAUCGAAACAGAAUUUGAGGCCCAAUCUAAAGAAGCAGAAGAAAAAUUUGAUGAAAUUAUAUCCAAAUGGGCCGGGCUUACGAUUCUCAAUGAUCCUCUGCAAAUUCACGAAGCUAUCCUGCACCAAAAAUCACAAUGUGUUGGGUUAUUACAGAAAAAGGACGAAUUUAUAAAAAAACUGAAAUUAGAAUUGAUGGAAGUCGAUAAAAACUUUGAUAAAGACGUAGCAAAACAGAAGGACGACAUGGAGAUACUAACUCAUAGGAUCAACCUGCAAAUAAAAUAUUUGAAAACAGCUUUUGAAAAACAAUUUCGUACAAUACAAAAUGUAAUUCAAUCGGAACAACAAAAGUUCUUUAAAAUGCGCAACGAUCUUUGGAACGACCUCUACAAAAAAUACAUGGAUAAAGAAUAUGAGAAUUCUGAGUUUAUUAUCGAACAGAGGAACGAGAUGAGACACUUGCUUAUUGAGACUCGAGAUAAUUUUGCUGAAGAAUUGCGGCAGACUAAUAUACGUUUGGAUAUUGAUGUGCAUGUGUCUAGAGAUGAAUUAGAAAGGAUUAAAGCUAUUGUAAAGAACAAUCUGGAAAAAUGGGAGUACAACUUUUGGAUAUUAGAAAGUCGUCGAAACGAAAAUGUGUUUAUUAAAGCUGAACAGAAAAAGAAAAUCACUUAUCUCCAAGGUAAAAUAAUCGGUUUGCAAAAGAAUUUACGUGAUUUUUAUAACCAAAUGGCAAAGAAAAUUCAACGACAUGAGGAAUCUUUAAAAAAAUUGAAGCACGAUAUAUUACAGAUAGAAGAUAAAGCCGAUCACUUUGCCUCGUCAAAUGAAAUUUUGUUCAACCAAAUAUGGGACCUGAAUAGACAUUCAGUUUUGGAUCUUUUAGACCAGAUAUAUCAGAUAGAUAAAACUCUACACCAGCAACAAUUGGGUCUACCUUGGAAUGAACCUAAUAUUAAAGAUAUAGAUAAACAACUUAUGCCCAGUUACCAACAUGCGCUCACCAUAAUACAUAAUGUAAACCAGCAAAAAAAGUCUACCAAAAACGUACAUAAGAAUAACGGUAGUUAUGCUAGUCAAAGUCAAAAAAAGGAAAAUGAGCCUUCGAGUUUAACAGAAUCAAUUACAGAUUUUAAUCCUACUUACCGGAAGUUGGUAAGGCAUUUAAUGGGUUUGAUAUCCGAUAAGAGUGGUUUUCUGACAGAAAGUCGUUUACAAAGCAUAUUAAAAGGAUUUGAAGACAAAGACCGUAAUUUAAUCAAAGUAUGGAAUGUUUUCGAUUCGCUUGACAUAAACGGAAUCGAUGAAAUCGAUGCAUUGAUUACUUAUUUUUUGCCUUAUUGCUUUUGUCCAGUUUGCGUAGACUCUGGGGGAGUGCCAUUAGAACAAGAACACAGAUUAUCAUCGUUGUUUACUCAAUCUGUCGCUGGAAAAAGCGAAAUGACUCAAGGUCUGUCGAUGUUUCUGGUUCAUCUCCAAAAUGCUUUUGAGGGAAUUCAACAACCUAAUGCAGUAAUCGACGACGUUUUAUUUGAGUUAAUUGAUUCGUCUAUAAACAUCCCACAAGAUCAACCCAGUGUGACCGGAACAAUAUCUGAGGAUAUGCUAAACAUAGUGCACACUGAAAUGGAAAAAGAAAAAAAAUCUAAGAAAAAACAUGUAUCCGCCGAUGAGAAAUUCCUUUGUAUAAAUAACCACCCCCUCGUAAUAAGUUCUGUUUACAUCAUGGUAGCAUUGAAAGAUUAUGUAACUUCUUAUCUCGAACACAGCAAAGAAUUUCCUACAAACGAAGAGAGAUUACGUAGACACAGAUUCACAAUUUCUCGCCUAUUGGACAACAAGGACAUUAAAAUGAUUUGGUCGAUGUUGAAAGACGGCUUCAGCAAGGAUCAAUCAAGAAUUUGGAACGGCCUAGAAGAAGGGGUAAAGAAGUAUUACGACAUUUUGGUACACCGGAAAGCAAUAAGCGAAGAUGUGUUGAAAUUAAGAAGAGAAAAUCACAAAUUAAAGAAGCUUUUGAACAUUUACAUGGCAAACUCUAAGGUGAUGCCACGAAUAUGCGGAGUUAGAAGCAUCGUGUAAAUGCCUUCAUUUGCUAUUAGGUUAUACCUAAAUUAGGCGUUAGAAAUGUAAACAAUUAAAACAAUAAAUAGUUUGUAAUAUA